AACAGACGAAGAGGAAAUUAGAGACAAUGGAUACCUUCACAACUUCUAUUUUUAUGGCUUUGGUAUGCUUAUCAUUCACAGCAGGCGGUAAGAAAGAAACAACUAGAGUAAACACUCCGUCUGGUCCGAUAAAUGGAUUCAAGACACAAAAUAAAAAUACCGGAAUCAACCUUUAUGAAUACCGCGGAAUUCCAUUUGGCAAACCACCUGUCGGACCUCUGAGGUUCAAAAAACCAGAACCAGUCGACAAAUGGACAGAUGCUCUGGAUGCAACAGAAUAUGGCGCAGGAUGCCCCCAGACAGUAUAUACACCAGACUUAGCACCUCGUAAAAUGUCUGAAGACUGUUUAUUCCUAAAUGUUUAUGUUCCGGGGAGUCUGAAUGAAAGCAGGAAAUUGUCUGUUAUGGUGUGGAUAUAUGGCGGAGGUUUAAUGGCAGGGUUUUCCAGUCAGUAUGACGGAGGAUGGAUAGCGACACAAGGCAAUGUCAUAGUGAUAACAAUUAAUUAUAGGGUAGAUAUACUCGGAUUUUUUACUCUAGACCACCCAGCUGCACUUGGAAACUAUGGACUAUGGGACCAGAAACUAGCACUUCAAUGGGUACACGACAAUAUUGAAUCAUUUGGAGGUAACCCCGAUUCUGUAACCUUAUUUGGAGAAUCUGCUGGUGGAUUGAGUGCGUCUUUCCAGUCCCUAAUACCUUCUAACCAAGGACUAUUCCAUAGAAUAAUAGCACAAAGUGGUGUUGUUAAUAGAAUGAGUAUUAUGACAAAGAAACUAAUUAAUGAUAGAACCAUUAAACUGGCACAGAAAAUAUCAUGUCCGAUCAAUGAUAUGUUUAAAUUUGUAAACUGUCUUCGAGAUAAGGAUUAUAGUGAACUAUUGGAAGCCACUAAUAUAGGAAGUUCUAUGGCCCAAGAUAGAAUAGAAAGUUAUCAACUGCCAUAUUUUGCCGUGGUAGACGGAGAGUUGUUCCACGAUCAUCCAAUUACAAGUUUAGAUGACAAAUCAACAGAGGUUGCAAAGUUUUUUAAGUCUCUAGACUUCAUUACUGGAUAUACAUCAAACGAAGGACUUGUUUUAUAUUUUAUGAUACUCCCAAAAAUGCAGGAAAUCUUUGAGUUUAAUGUAACUGAGGGAAUUCCAGCUAAAUUUAUUUGUGAGGGAAUGAUUGCUCCUUUUGUUGAAUUAUUUUACAAAAAUGAUACUGAUGUAAAGCAGAAGAUGUGUUCCUUUUACACAACUGAAAGUUCUAAAGAUGAGCAAAGCAUGAGAGCAAAUCAUUUACUGGGUGAUAUCAUAUUCAAUCAUCCGGCAAUGGAGAUGCUUAGUUAUCACACACGUCUAGGGGGCAAAUCUUACCAAUAUCUGUUUUCCAAGGAAAAACACAUAGAAUGGGGAUCUGCUUCGUUACCUGAGUGGGCAACGGGUUCUAGUCAUGGCGAAGACCUACAGUUUAUGUUUGAUAUGCAAACCGUCAUGUCGUCUCUAAACGAGACUAGGUUCACACCAGAAGAAAAGGAUUUAUCUGAUAAGAUUAUUCAGUAUUGGACGUCAUUUGCAAAAACCGGGGAACCGUAUGGUGGUGAGGGAGCAAUUCCAUGGAAACCAUUUGACCUAACAUCAAGAUAUUAUCUAGAUCUCGACACUCCACUAGCACUGCGAAGUAAUCUAAAUCCCAAAAUGGUAGAAUUCUGGUCCAAGGAAAUACCACCAAUAGGACUAGAACCUGUGGAGCAAGUCAAAAGACAUGACGAAUUGUAAUUACGGAUUAAGUAGCAUUGUAAUUUUUAUCAAAAUCAUUCGUUUUUUGUUUGCUUGUUCUAAAUAGACAUCUUUCUAUACUUGGGUAAGCAGUCUAAAUGAAAUAAAUGAAAUUAUUCAUGUG